UUAAAUGGAUUAUUUUGUGAAAUAGGAUUGACCUGAUAAGAUUCUGCAAAAAGGAACAACGGGCAUAGUAUCGCAGCACAAUGUCAGAGAAGUACACAAUAAAUGGCCGCAUGAUGCCGAUGGGGGAUUAUGGUGCGGUAAAGAAAAAGGAUGAAGAUAGGGUGAAAAUUCUACCCGAUGAUGCUAGUUCCACUGCUUCAGAUGGAGCUAUACAGUUGGAGUCAAGGUCGAGUCACAGGCUGUCUGAAGAUAAAGAUAACUAUUUCAGGGAUGGAAUAAGGAAAGUGGAUUUUGUGCUGGUAUAUGAGGAAGAGAGUGACAAACAGCAAGGAUUACAGACACAAAAAGGUUCAGUGGAUCAUAAACGUUACAAGUUCCUUGAAAGUUUGAGAAAAACUGGCCUAGAAAUUGAAGAGGAGACUGUACAGAGUGAGAAGAAACAGAUUACCUAUGUUAAAUUGUAUGCACCCUGGGAUGUUUGUGUCUUCUAUGCUGAAGACCUUUGUAUGAGAGCUCCUUUACAGGCACAUCCAAAUCCAAGGAGUAACUGGUCAGAUAAGAUACUGGGUGCCGUGCACAUUCCAAAUAUUUUGCAUGAAGAUGUUCCCCACCAACCACUGGACUACUACACAUGUGCUUUCAAAAAGUCAAAGCUUGAAAGAUUUUUGGGGAGCAGUAAUCAUGAGACAUAUUUUACGUCUACCCAAAGAAGUAGGGUAGUAUGGGAGAUACUGACUACAGCAGCCUAUGGGAAACGUAAGAGAGCAGAGAUUGGUAUAGAGCGGUUGAUAGAGGAGGGGGUUUAUUCUGCAGCUUUCCCACUACAUGAUGGUCCAUAUGAAAUCCCCAAAUACAGCCAUCUUGAACCAGAAUCCCUAAAUCCUCGUCAGAUCUUGUACCACUAUUGGGCACGCUGGUGGAAAUGGAACAAGUACCAACCCCUUGAUCAUAUACGUGAAUAUUUUGGAGAAAAGAUUGGAAUCUAUUUUGCUUGGCUUGGUUUCUACACAGCAUGGUUGUUUCCCGCUGCUUUAGUCGGAGUUGUUGUCUUCUUGUACGGUGUUUUUACGAUGUCCAGUAACACUCCUGCGAAUGAGGUAUGUGAUAGCAACAAGACAUACAAGAUGUGUCCAUUAUGCGAUGUUAACAUUGGCUGUCCAUACUGGUAUUUAUCAGACGUGUGUAUCUAUACCAGGGUGGCAUACCUGUUUGAUCAUCCAGCAACUGUGAUUUAUUCAGUAUUUGUCUCGUUUUGGGCUGUGACAUUUUUGGAGUACUGGAAGAGGAAGAAUGCCAGUCUAGCACAUCACUGGGACGUCUCUGACUAUGAGGAAGAGGAGGAAAGGCCAAGGCCAGAAUAUGCAGCCAAGGCUCCAACAUAUGAAGAAAAUCCCAUCACACGUGUAAAGGAGCCAUACUUCCCUCCUCGUAAAAGAUUACCCAGAAUCCUCUCUGGUAUUGCUGUGAUUAUUAUCAUGAUGACGCUGGUAAUAAUAUUCAUCAUUGCUGUGAUUAUGUACCGUGUACUGGUGAGCAUCCCCUUGUUUCAAAACCCAACAACGCGGCCCCGUGCCCAGAUCAUUGCCAGCAUGUCAGCGGCAGUUGUGAACCUGAUCCUCAUUAUGGCCCUGGGAAGAGUAUAUGAAAAACUUGCUCUUAGAAUGACCCAGUGGGAGAUGCACAGAACACAGACAGAGUUUGAAGAUCAGCUGACAUUUAAAGUUUUUGUCUUCCAGUUUGUGAAUUUCUACUCAUCCAUUAUAUACAUUGCAUUUUUCAAGGGAAGAUUUACAGGUUAUCCUGGGCAUUAUACUAAAUUUUUUGGAUUGCGAAGUGAGGAAUGUAACAAUGGUGGAUGCCUAGUAGAACUGGCCCAACAAUUAGCUGUUAUCAUGAUUGGUAAACAGAUGAUUAAUAAUGCACAGGAAGUCAUUUUACCAAAAUUGAAAGCGUUUUGGCACAGAAUGAGGAUAAAGACAGAUAGAAGUCGUAUCAAGGCAAGAUGGGAGGAGGAUUUUGAACUUAUACCUAAUGAAGGAUUGUUUGAGGAAUACCUUGAAAUGGUGCUACAGUUUGGAUUUAUUACAAUAUUUGUGGCUGCGUUUCCUCUAGCCCCUCUGUUUGCACUGUUGAACAAUUGGCUAGAGAUCCGUAUAGAUGCCCAGAAGUUUGUGUGUGAAACACGGCGGCCUGUGGCUGACAGGGCUCAAGAUAUUGGUGUCUGGUUCACUAUAAUGGAUGCUUUGGCCCAUAUGGCAGUUAUCAGCAAUGCAUUUUUGAUUGCAUUUACAUCCGAGUUUCUACCGAGGUUGUUAUAUCAAUACCAGUAUGACUGGAACCUAAAUGGAUACACAAACUUUACUCUUGCUGUUUCUCCUAAUGGCACACUCAAUGAAACUUGCAGGUACCUUGCAUUUAGAGAUGAUACUGGACAAUAUUCAAUGUUCUUCUGGCAUUUACUGGCAAUACGUCUGGCUUUUGUUAUUAUUUUUGAGCAUUUUGUGUUUGGUGUGUGUCGGUUGAUAGACAUUUUAGUUCCAGAUGUUCCUGAGUCAUUGUCACUAAAGAUAAAACGGGAACAUUACCUUGCAAAACAAGCUCUUGCAGACACAGAUACAAUAAUGAAGAUUGCCAGAGGUGAGGAUACUGGAGGUGUGGGAGAAGGGAGAUAACCCUGACAGGAUGUAACAUUUUCAGGAGAAGUAACUACAAUUUCCAUAGAAGAAAAAUACAGUUGUCAGAUGAGCCUGACAAACUCACAGAACUGUUAAGCAUAUAUAGUGAACUUUUUCUGCAAAUCAAUAAUGAUAAUUUGGCAAACCUUAAAUUAAUUUGAUUCUUGUAUAACAGUGGUUUCAUUCUAAGAAUAAAACAUGUUGGUUGAAGGUAUGUGUAAUCUAUUACUUAUUUUCUGUUUGUGAUUUUGGCAUUUUGCUAGCUGGUAUAGAAAGCGAUGUUCUCAUAUCAGCCAGAUAAUGCAGAACUAAUAUGCAAGAAUAUGCAACUGCAUGGAAAUUUCUGAUUUUCAUAUUGCUACCUAGUAACCUUGUUUACCUUGUUCUGUUAUGGGUGUAAGAUAUCAUCCAGGAACUGUACUUUCCAAAUUAUCUUCAAGGAACUAUACUCCUGUCCAUUGACACUCUUGAUAGAUUUUUUCUUUUGAUUUUUUACCUAAAAAAGUACGAAUCAGCAAUUGACAAAGAAUUGUUUACCAAUAGAUAAUUUCAGACUUUUAAAUUCUUAAAAGUUUUUUGUUAGGUUUAUUUAACUAGUGUUGUUAAUUUCUGUCUUCUAACAAGUUCUUGCCUGGGAAGAUACAGAUCUAUGUAAUGUGCACUGUAUAUAGAAGAUAAACGCUUUUGCUUUUUAUAUUUACAUAAGGUUGUGAAUUAGCAUAGCUAAUGCUAGUCAUGUAGUUCAAUAGGUGUGUCAAAAGUGCAGCAUUUGAGCCGUGCCAUGAGAAAACCAACAUAGUGGGUUUGCGACCAGCAUGGAUCCAGACCAGCCUGCGCAUCUGCGCAGUCUACUCAGGAUCCAUGCUGUUCGCUAACAGUUUCUCCAAUUCCAAUAGGCUUUAAAAGCGAACAGCAUGGAUCCUGACCAGACUGCGCAGAUGCGCAGGCUGGUCUGGAUCCAUGCUGGUCUCAAACCCACUAUGUUGGUUUUCUCAUGGCACGGCUCAUUUGCACUUUGAGGAAUAUUGUGUUAGUCUGUGUGUUUUUGUAUUAGUACUUAUUUAUAAAGUUCUGGAAUGCAGUUGUUUACUUACAAAGUAAGUGCCUCUAUGGCCGAAUGUUUAAGGUCUCAGACUUUUGGUCUCUUGACGCAAAGAUUAGUUGGUUUGAGCCCACGUCAGCUGGGUCUCUAUAGAGUUAAGAGGUUCACAGUCACAUACAUUAGGGCCCUUUUACUUAAGAAAUAAUUUAAAGCAAAAGAGUGUUUUAACACUAUUGAUGCACGAUGGGGGGUAAUACGUUGGGCGUAAUAAUUUUACAGAGGCGCAGCCCGAGUGAAAUUAUUUGUACGACGCAUUACCGCUCAAGUGUAUAAAUAGUGUUAAAACACGGUUUUGCUAUAAAUUAUUUCGAUUCUAAUAUGCCCUUAAUCUAAAACAGUAGAUGAAAUAUAGUAGUGCUCUUUCUUGGUCGCAACAAAAACAUUGACGUCACCGCACAUUAACGUUACGUCAUUCUAGGAUAAGAGUGUUUAACAUAGAAAAGCAUUUAAUUUAUUAGAAUCUAUUUUUUAACACAUUUUGGCUCAUUGCCAAUUCAUAUGCUAAUUAUUAUCGAGAAUAUCAUACCUUUGCUGAAAACAUCUUGAUUUUUUUUCAAUCCCUCUGGCAUUUUUCACAUUAAAAAUUAGAAAAUAUGUAUUUCUAAUCAGUUAUUGGGAACUGCUGAAUGUUGUAAAAAGGCACCUUUAAACAUUAUUAAGAAUAUUUUGUUCAGCUUGUCUAAGUACUUGGGAUACAAAAAGUGGAUUUUUAUGCAUGACACCAAAACCUCUUUGACAGCUUCAUAUAUAUUUUAUUUAUUGAGAUCUGAGUUGUGUUAGUGUUUUUUUAGCUCGACUAUUCGAAGAAAAGGGGAGCUAUCCUACUCGCCCCGGCGUCGGCGUUAGCGUCACAUAAAUGUUAAAGUUUGCGUACCACCCCAAAUAUUUUCAAAGUCCAUUGAGAUAUUGCUUUGAUAUUUUGCAUACUUGUUUACCAUCAUGACCCCAGUCUGUAAGAAGGAGGAGGCAACUCUAUCAAGCAUUUUGACUGAAUUAUGGCCCCUUUUCAACUUGGAAUAAAUGUUAAAGUUUGCAUACCACCCCAAAUAUUUUCAAAGUCCAUUGAGAUAUUGCUUUGAUAUUUUGUAUACUUGUUUACCAUCAUAACCCCAGUCUGUAAAAAGGAGAAGGCAACUCUAUCAAGCAUUUUGACUGAAUUAUGGCCUCUUUUCGACAUAGAAUAUGUUUAUUGUAAUGUUAUAGUUUUACUCAUAGCUUAUAUUAUACUAUCAAGCACUGAGAAUAGUCAAGCGCGCUGUCCACUGACAGCUCUUGUUUUAUUUUUUGUAAUAUUAUAUUUUUGUUUGAAAAAGAGAUUGUCUUUUAACUUCUCUUCAUUACAGAUAAACUUGUGCUUUAGUAUCAGAGUUAUUAAAUAGCAAUUCAUUCAUGUUACUUCGGUAGUUUGAAUCAUAUUCUACUUAAUCCUUAUUUGUAGAUGAAUUUACUUAGUGUUUUUUCCUUUUUUUGAAAAUAUUUAUGUUUGACACCCAUUAUAUUUCGUAUAGUUUAUUAGCAUGUUUUUCACUUGAAAUAUAAUUAUGUCAGUCAUAAAUAUAGACAAUAUUCGCUGUAUAAUAUGUGAGCAUGUAAAAAUAGUAGUCCAUAAAUCUAGCACUUGUAUAUAAAAAAUCAACUAUUUUUUCAUUGCAAUUUGAGAGAUUACAAUUUCUUGUUAAAUAGAUUCUUAAAAAGUUAGGUAUUGUUAACAUUACUCUGUCUUGUACAAAUGAGCCGUGCCAUGGGAAAACCAACAUAGUGGGUUUGCGACCAGCAUGGAUCCAGACCAGCCUGCGCAUCCGCGCAGUCUGGUCAGGCUCCAUGCUGUUCGCUUUUAAAGCCUAUUGGAAUUGGAGAAACUGUUAGCGAACAGCAUGGAGCCUGACCAGACUGCGCGGAUGCGCAGGCUGGUCUGGAUCCAUGCUGGUCGCACACCCACUAUGUUGAUUUUCCCAUGGCACGGCUCAAAUGUAUUCACUGUCCAUAUGGUUUGACAGUACAAAACUGUUGUAGUAUAAAAUUGUUCCAUUUUAUCUUCUUUUCUCUAUGUCUGUGCCUAUGUAUUUUUGAUCAGUAUCUGUUGAAGUGCAUGUUUGUUUAACACAUGUUAUGAUUGAAUUAUGUUAAGAUUACGAAUCUACAAUCACAUUUAUGUGUUCUGUGUUCCAGUCUUGCUUACUAUAGUAUAAUGUAUAUAUGAGCCGCACCAUGAGAAAACCAACAUAGUGCGUUUGCGACCAGCAUUGAUCCAGACCAGCCUGCGCAUCCACGCAGUCUGGUCAGGAUCCUUGCUGUUCGCUUUCAAAGCCUAUUGCAAUUAGAGAAACCAUUAGCCCAUUGUUUCAGAGUUCAGUAUUUAGAGGUCAAGGUCAGUGUGGCCUCAAGACUGAAAUCUAUUUCCUACCCACCAUUGAAGUAUAUAUGGUUAACCAGGAGCUCUUGCUUCUUUUGAUUGUCCUAUAAUGCAGAUGAAAGGGUAAGGAAGGUUUAUUUGUAUAUCACAUGUCAACAUAUUAUUUCCUAGAGGAUACAAAGAAGUUAAUUGUGUACACUGCAAUUUCAAAAUCUGUUUUGACAUAAAUAUUUGUACAAAGGGGUGUUAUUUCACCAUCUGUUUUGUAGCUUGUUUCUGUAGUUAUCAUCUUAUUGAGUACUGCAAUAUCAGCACAAUAAGUAGCUCCCAUUCAGGGUAGACGCGUUUAUAAUGCACCUUAAUAAAUCAGUUUUUACUGCCAAUUGUUUGUAGUUAUACUAAAAUUUCCUGUCAUACUGUGUUUUUCUGGCUUCAUAAACUCAAAUUACAAUGGAACUAGUAUAUAUUUUUAUCUCUUGAAGUCAUGUCCUACUUAUUGAACUGUCAUUAGCCCCACUGUAAAAGCCUAAAUUACAAUACUUCGAAGCCUAACUUAAUGUACCAGUUACUUUUGAUUUUCAACACCUUGAUAGAAAAAAUAAAGAAAAUGCCUAAAUUCUUUUUCUAUCAAGCAAUUUUUUUUCUAUUAUUAUUGUGUUGUGAUAUUGUUUACAUUUCUAUCUCUGUUGUGUUGAUACUUCAUACUGGAAUUAAACUUUGAACAUGAAAUUAAUACUGACCUGCAUAAAUAGUUGUUUCUUUAUUUAUUAUUAAUUCAUGUUCUUGUUAAAAUUAGUACUUACAAAGUUGUAUUAACUGAAAAACUGAUGUGGAAUCUCAAAUUAGCCAAAGUAAAAGGUUUGUGUGUUACCUUGUCAUAUUCAGUGCAUCCUCUUUUUAGCUCACCUGAGCAAUGCUCAGGUGAGCUUUUCUGAUCACUUGAUGUCCGGCGUCCGGCGUCUGUCUGUCUGUCGUCUGUCAACAUUUAGCUUGUGUAUGCGAUAGAGGCUGUAUUUUUCAAUUGAUCUUCAUGAAUAUUGGUCAGAAUGAUAACCUUGAUGAAGUCUAGGCCGAGUUCGAAAAUGGGUCAUCUCGGGUCAGAAACUAGGUCACUAGGUCAAAUCAAAGAAAAACCUUGUGUAUGCGAUAGAGGCUGUAUUUUUCAAUUGAUCUUCAUGAAUAUUGGUCAGAAUGAUUGCCUUGAUGAAAUCUAGGCCGAGUUCGAAAAUGGGUCAUCUCGGGUCAAAAACUAGGUCACUAGGUCAAAUCAAAGAAAAACCUUGUGUAUGCGAUAGAGGCUGUAUUUUUCAAUUGAUCUUCAUGAAUAUUGGUCAGAAUGAUUGCCUUGAUGAAAUCUAGGCCGAUUUCGAAAAUGGGUCAUCUCGGGUCAAAAACUAGGUCACUAGGUCAAAUCAAAGAAAAACCUUGUGUAUGGGAUAGAGGCUGUAUUUUUCAAUUGAUCUUCAUGAAUUUUGGUCAGAAUGAUAACCUUGAUGAAAUCUAGGUCAAGUUCGAAAAUGGGUCAUCUGGGGUCAAAAACUAGGUCACUAAGUCAAAUUAAAGAAAAACCUUGUGUAUGCAAUAGAGGCUGUAUUUUUCAAUUAAUCUUCAUGAACUUUGGUCAGAAUGAUUACCUUGAUGAAAUCUAGGUCAACUUCGAAUAUGGGUCAUCUGGGGUCAAAAAGUAGGUCAUUAGGUCAAAUCAAAGAAAAACCUUGUGUAUGCGUUAGAGGCUAUAUUUUUCAAUUGAUCUUCAUGAAAUUCAGUCAGAAUGAUUGCCUUGAUAAAAUCUUGGUCAAGUUUGAAUAUGGGUCAUCUUGGAUCAAAAAUUAGGUCACUAGGUCAAAUCAAAGAAAAACCUUGUGUAUGCAAUAGAGGCUGUAUUUUUCAAUUGAUCUUUAUGAAAUUUGGUCAUAUUUAUUGCCUUGAUAAAAUCUAGGUAGAGUUUGGUUAUUGGUCAUCUGUGGUCAAAAACUAAGUCACUAGGUCAAAUCAAAGAAAAACCUUGUGUAUGCAAAAGAGGCUGUAUUUUUCAGUUGAUCUUUAUGAAAUUUGGUCAGAAUGAUUUCCUUGAUGAAAUCUAGGUCAAGGUUGAAUAUGGGUCAUCUGGGGUCAAAAACUAGGUCACUAGGUCAAAUAAAAGAAAUACUUGUGUUUGCUCCAAUUUUAAUGAUACUUGGUCAGAAUAUUUUUUUCCAUGCAAUCACUAGGUCUGUGUUUACACUGUUAUGGUGUAUUAUGGUGUGUUUCUCAGGUGAGCGACCUAGGGCCAUCUUGGCCCUCUUGUUCUGCUGUGAUUGUGUAUAAUGUUAAAGUUCUUACUUGUUUCAUGUUUAUUAUCUCCCUUUUGUCAGGUUGUCGCAAUGAUAAGUUUUUAAAACAUGAUAUAUUGUGUUCAAGAUUUUAUAUUAUAUACUCCUGGAUGGGACCAAAUUUACUCUGUGAUCUUUGGCUGUUGUGAGAUACUCUUUUUCAUGUCAUUUCUUUGUACAAUGUAUUUUACCAAAGAUGAAUUUGCUCACUUUAUAGGUCUAUCAACAUUGCAACUAUAGUCUUUCACCUCAUACAGUAGACUGGCUGUUAAUGCUCUGUGUCUCUAACAUAAUGUAGGAAAAGUGUUAUUAAUUGAAUGUUAUACCAUGACUGCAAUGCAACUACAAACAAAAAAUAACCUUCUCAUGCUCAGCAAUUUUAACCUUUAGCCUGCUAAAUUUCUAAAAUGGACUGGUUUACCAUUCAGUUUGGGCAUUACCAUUUAUUAUUUGAAGGGGCAUUCACUGAAAACUUACUGACUGGAUUGCGAACAGUGCAGACCAUGAUCAGCCUGCACUGAUGUGCAGGCUGAUCUUGGUCUGUACUGGUCGCAAAGGCAAAAUCACUUGCCGCCAGCAGGCUAAAGGCUUUGCAAUUACAAAACCUUCUCAUGCUCAGCAAUAUCGUAUCAGUCAGAAUAGGACAGCUGUCAGAUAUUAGAGAAACUGCUUACCACAACUUGGCCCUUAUCUCAAAGUGUGCAAGGGCAGUGAGAUUGUUAAAAAGUAUUUAGUUAUUAAUGUUACAAAGUUUCAGAAAUUUUAAUGAUAGUCUCCUGAAAUAAUUCUUAACAGUUUCAUAUGUAGUACUCAGUGAAUCGAUAUACAAUACCCGGUAAUCAUCCAAAUUUUUCUUAAAACAGAGGUGAGUGGGGAAGAAUUUUAUCUGACUAUUCUAUUUCUGAUGAUUGGUAGUAAAACAAAGGAAAAAAAAAAGGCUAAAAUAAAAGAAAACAAAAUUUACAGAAAAUUAAAGUAAAUGGAUUAUAAAACAACAAGAAUACUUUUUGAAAUACAAAUAUUUUCUUUAAACAAUUUCUAUAUAAAAAGUGGCAGGGGCAGUAUGAAAACUAUAGGGGGUAGGGGAAAUGAAAAUCAAACGUUAGUUCACUAUGGCUUAUUAUACGCCCGAAGGGACGUAUUAUGUUAUGACGCUGGUGUCCGUCUGUCCGUCCGUCCAUGAGCAAUUUCGUGUCCGCUCUGUAACUCUUCAACCCCUUGAAGGAUUUCAAGGAAACUUUACACAAAUGUUCACCACACCGAGACGAUGUGCAGACCGCAUGUUUUGGAUGUCUCACUUCAAGGUCAAGGUCACACUUAGAGUCAAAGGUCAUAUCAGUUUGUUUCGUGCCCGCUCUGUAACUCUUGAACCCCUUGAAGGAUUUCAAAGAAACUUGACACAAAUGUUCACCACACCAAGACGACGUGCAGAGCGCAUGUUCCGGAUGACUUGCUUCAAGGUCAAGGUCACACUUAGGGGUCAAAAGUCAUAUCAGUUUGUUUUGUGUCCGCUCUGUAACUCUUGAACUGCUGGAAGGAUUUCAAAGAAACUUGGCAGAAAUGUUCACCACAUUGUAACGAUGUGCAGAGCGAAUGUUCCGGAUGACUCGCUUCAAGGUCAAGGUCACACUUAAGGGUGAAAGGUCAUAUAUGGCUUUGCUUUGUGUAUAUUGAUCUGCAUUGCAGUGGUCUUGUUUUUAUUUGGCAGAUCUCUUUUUUGUACUUACAAUAAUUUUUAGGUGUAUAUUUACAUACCUAUACCUGAUAAGGAUUUUUUUGUAGACUUUGAUUUUUUUUUUUGUGGACUUAGAUUUGUUUUUUGAAGUUUUCCUUUUGUUGUUUCAGUCCUUUGGGGCUACAACAGUCAAGUUCUUAAAAUUUUGCUCCAAUCCUAUGAUGUAAGCCUUCGGGCGUAUAUUGUCCCGCUUGGUGGCGCUCUUGUGGAUAAGUGUUAUUGCAAUACGUUUGAUGUAGCUUUUGUAGAGGAAAUCAGAAUCUCAUAAAAGUUGAUUUUUUUCUGAUUUUAUAAAUUUUUUAAUGUUUAACUAUUAUUUUAGAAAAAAUACAUAUAUUUUGGGUGCUGUUUUUACGCUCCUUAGGCCCAAUAAGUUUUCAACUUUCGAUUCCUUGAAGGACUCAAUUUUUUUUUUUUGCCCUCUUCCUAGAAUGCUUAAAUCAGUAUGUCAGGUACAUUUAUGCAAUGUAUUUUGGUAUUCUCAUAGAUUAGUGUUUGUUUAGGAAUAGCAAGGUUAGGAAGCGUUGAUAUAAGUUUUCUUUUGGAAGACAAAGCAGUUUGAAAUAUCCAUUUAAUUUCAGGAAUAUUUUCUAAAUAGUGGUGAAAAUUUCCACAUGUUGAAAAUUUGUUUAAAUUGUAUUGAAGUUUUUUUAACAUAAAGUUUACAGCUGUAAACUACUCUUGUUGAAACAAUUUUAUGAAACAAUAUAAGUUGUACAAAUUUUAUAUUAAAUAAAAAAUCAACAGCUAUAAAUUAAAUAACCUUGUUUAAAAAAAAAAACAGUUAAAAAUGAACACAUGUAAUUUCAACUUAUAUGUCCCUCAUUUCAGCACAUAUAUACUUAAAUGACCUAUAACACAGCGCUAUGUUGGUUAAAGUUUUGACCUAAAGGUUGUGUAUUCUAUCUUUUUUCAACUGUUGAUUUUGUAUGCAAUACAGUUUGCAUUUGUUAUUUUUCUCUUACUGUUGUUGAAACCAUACCUGUUGUGUUUUUUUCCUUAAAAUCUAUUUAUAGAAUAUACAUUAUAUAGUUAUUCCUUUGUUAUUCUAAAACACAAUAAAAAGAAAAAUCUUA